CAGCAGCGGUCUGGAUGCUUGCAGGGACGGAAACAUGGCUGUGAAUCUCGGCAAGAACAGACUGGCCCUGCUGACCGCCUACCAGGACGUCAUUGACGAGACCUCGGACACCGACUGGGCCUUGUACACAUAUGAGGAUGAGAGCAAUGAUUUGACAUUGGCAUCAGCAGGAGGAGGCGGCCUGGCGGAGAUCACGCUGACCUUCGACAACGGCAGGGUGAUGUACGGCUUCUGCAGCCUGAAGGAGCCCACCUCCGCUCUGCCACGAUACAUCCUCAUCAACUGGGUCGGGGAAGACGUGCCGGAUGCCAGGAAGUGUGCCUGUGCCAGCCACGUCGCCACCAUCGCCGACUUCUUCCAGGGGGUGGAGGUUAUCGUCAACGCCAGCAGUCUGGAUGACAUCGACCCGUCAGCCAUCGGGCAGCGGCUGACCAAUGGGACGGCAGUGGUGGCGAGUCCGGUCCUGAGCCGCCUGAGAACCCGGGACGAAGAACAUGGAGACGUGGGCACGGUGUACGAGAAGACCAAUGCAGAGGUGGAGAUGAAGAAAAUCAAUAGAGAGGAGUUUUGGGAGCAGGCCAAGCGCGAGGAGGAGCUCAGGAAGGAGGAGGAAAAGAAAAAGGCGGCAGAGGAGCGGCAGCGCUACGAGGAGGAGCGAAUGGAGCUGGAGAGGAAAGAGCAGGAGAACCGAGAGAAGAGGUACCGCGAGAGGGAGCAGCAGAUCGAGGAGCACAGGAGGAAGCUGCAGGAGGAGGAAGAGGCCAGAGAGAGGUUGCGGAACCAGAUCAGCAUCGCAGCAGUGCCGAGCAUCGAGGACCUCAACUUGGACAAGAAGGAGUCUGAGGUGGAGGAAGCGAAGGCCAUCAUCGCUCAGCGGUCAGGAAACCCGAGAGAGUUUUUCAAGCAGAAGGAGAGAGCCAUGACCAUCAGCGUGGACACCUCGCCCGUCUCCGUCCACAGGACCGGCCGCUUGGACAGCCCAUUCUUGAGGCAGCAGCACAGUCCCAGCAGCCCCAGUCCGACCCCCCCACCGCGGGGCGCGUCGCCCCUCCGCACCCCGCCACACGCACGGACGCAGCCCGCCGCUGCAGCCGGGGACGAUGACGAUGAAGUGAGCACAGAGCGCAGCGUGGCCGCCGUGUCGCCCAUUCCUAAAAUAGUCACUACGCCCAUCAAAGAGGACUUCAGAGACGAGGAGGAGGACUGCAGAGACGAGUGGGAUUCGGUGCCAAAGCAGGAGCAGAAACCGUCGGUCCAGGAGUCGACACCCACCAAGCCUGUGCAGAGCGUCGCCCCGCAGGCCCGCAACUCCGCCAACUUCUCUGUGUGGGAGUCCGGGACAGACAGCCUAGUUGACCUGUGGGACAGCAGCUCCGGCCCUCCUCCCAACCCCACCCAGUCCUCCCAGUCCUCCGAUCUGGCGGACCUGAUGGGUGACGUCCCCGGCACUGACGUCCCGCCCAGCACCGCCGCCGCCAGCGGCAAGCCUCAGCCCCUCCUCAGCUUCGACGAGAUGAUGGACGGGACUUUCUGCUCGGGCACCGGCGCCGAGGACGACCCCACCAGUCUGGUGGACGUGACGGCCUCGGACCAGAUGACCCUCAGCUACCAGCAUGCACUGCAGCAUGCAUCCGGGGAGAGGCAGGAGCUGGAUGACGGACAGCUGCUGAUGACCAAUGGGGAGAUGCUGCUGAAAGAAGGGACUCAGGCGAGUGAGGGCUAUUUCAGCCAAUCACAGGAGGAAGAAUUUGGCCAAUCAGAGGAGUCUUCAGCUAAACCUGCACCGGUCUUUUAUAACAAGCCACCAGAGAUUGACAUUACGUGCUGGGACACGGACCCCGUGGUCGACGAUGACGACGACUAAGCGGCCAAUCAGACCCCACCAACGGACCAAGAGGAAGUAGGAAGUGCGCUUCAUGAAGAAACAGAUUUUUUUUUCUAAAAAACAAAACACAAACAAGCAAAAAAAAAAAAGUAAUAAUAAUAACAAAUCUUGCAUCGAAACUACUUCUGUAUUAUCUUUUAGAGGGAAAGAAAACAGUAGCCACCGAUAAAAGGGUUUGAGUUAUCGUUAAAGCUGGUUUGAAGGCUCAGUUAUGGGUUUUUUUCUGUGUGUUUGUUAUUUUAUUUAUUUUUUCUUUUUCUUUUUUUUUUUUUGCUAUGCACAUGUAAUAGCUGGGAGCGGGGGACUUUGUUUGUGUAAAUGAUUUAUUACACAUUAACGUAGCGCACUGCUGCAUAUUAGAGACAAUGAAGCCCAGUGUGUGGCAGGCAGCCGACACAUCUAGUCUGUAGUGCUUUAAUAACACCCUAUAAACUAAUCAUUACAGCUGCCAUGUAUAUCUUCACUCUCUGUCUCUUUUCUUACCUCUCUCUCUCCUCCCUCCUUCCGCCUUCCUCCCAAAAUAUUCACCUCUGCAAGUCAGUUAAUCUUGUCUUUAGCCCUCACUUUAUUGGAAAAAGGUGAAAUAUUCUAUUUAUUCCGGUGUAUCUGAACAUCUUUCACAAACAGCUGAUGGGACUCUGUGGAAAUCAAAUCUAAUCUCAACAUGAAUUUCCUGACACAAGUCAAAUUUUGGCUCCUUUUUGACCUUUUUCACUCCUUUUGUAUGAUUUUAAGACUGAAUUCAAGAUUAAAUGGCUUGUAAAUCUG